CGCGUCUUCAAGCUGAGACGCCCCAGUUUUAAUUGAGCGACUGAGCUUCCUGCUGCAGGGGGGGCAGCGGACUCCUUGAGGGGGAGGAGUCUGAGGAGCCUCUGCAGGUGAGGCCGAGGAGGAGACGGAGCCACGCUUCCUGUCUCAGUGAAGCUGCCGGGCUUCCUCCACUGCUGCUCAGGAACAUGACCACAACCAGGGCCACAGGAGCCGUACUUUGCUGCUACGUCAUCAACAUGCGACACUUCACGUGUUGGUCGCUGCUGAAGCUGCGUGAGUCCCGGGUUUGAGCUCAGCUCCAGCUCCAGACGCCAUGAGCGACAGUGACGAUGACGGCGUUCCCACCCUGUCUGCUCACACUCUGGCCGCCCUGCAGGAGUUUUACAGCGAGACCAGGACCGGUCUGGACCGCAGCGUCCAACCGUCAGACCAGUUCGCGGUGGGAGCGGUGGAGGAGGACUGGAGGAUGAGCCAGUUCUGGUACAGCGACGAGACGGCGGCCCGGUUGGCCGAGGAGGUCGUCCGAGAGGCUGGAGAGGGAGGCAGGAUCGCGUGUGUGAGCGCGCCCAGCGUGUACCAGAAGCUGAAGCAGGGAGUCGUCGGCGGCUCGGACCGAGUGUCGGCCGUGGUGCUCGAGUACGACCGCCGCUUCGCCGCCUACGGCGAGGACUUUGUGUACUACGACUACAACCAGCCGCUGUCCCUCCCGGCCGUCGUGGCGCCGCGGAGCUUCGACGUGGUUCUGGCCGAUCCGCCUUACCUGUCCGAGGAGUGUCUGAGCAAAGUGGCUGAAACCAUCAAGUACCUGAGCAAAGGCAAGGUGCUGCUGUGCACAGGAGCCAUCAUGGAGAAGCUGGCCGGAGAGCUCCUGGGUGUGACGAUGUGCAGCUUUCUGCCCAAACACAACAGAAACCUGUCCAAUGAGUUCCGCUGCUUCGUCAACUACCCGUCCCGCCUGUCCUGAGGAGCUCGCCGCUGCUGGAGGACGCUUUAUUUACUCAUGUCAGCCGACAGGAAGGCCUCGGCUCACCGAGUUCACUCAGAGGUUUCAACAUGGAGACCAGAGUGAGGAGCUCCAGCGGGUCUUUUUUUUAAAGCCUGUUUUUAAUUGGCCCGCAGAACUUAUCGAGUGAUUCACUCUUAACUUCACGCCAGCAGAUUUAAACGCUCUGCUGGUUUUUCUGGAUGUGACGAACGUUUCCUGACAGAGCGACUCCAUCUGAGCACAAAGACAGAACAAUCAACCUGGUUCUUCCAACUCCACAGGCUCAGGUCUGGGCUCUGUGUCUGCCAGUAGGUGGCAGCGUCGAUACAUGAAUCAGACUCAGUUUGACCGACCAGGACUCUGAAGAGUGUUAACUUUUAUCCAACACAUGAAGACUUUUUAUUAACUCUGGUUCAGUAAUUCCCGGGGCAGAUGGAAUGAAUUCACAUUUUACUGUGUUCCAACACCGUAUAUCUCCUUCCACUGAAAGGAAAUAGUUUAUUUUUCUCCAAACAAAUCUCUGUAAAACUGAAUUUCUCUGUUCACUAAGAAAUGUGCUUUAAAUGUAGAUAUUUCACACAUGAUGAACUUUUCAGUUGUUUAUGUGGACUCAACACUUGUCAUUUUUGAUGUUUCGUACUGGAGGAACUGUGUGUGAAUCCAGCGAAAGAUGUGACAAAUAAAGUUUUCUUUUAU